AGUUGUCUAGCGGGAAGGGCUAGCUGGGAAGCCCCGGUGAAGGUUAAUGCCGACGUUUUGAACGAGUUGAUAUUUUGGAAAGAAAAUUUGUCAGAAAUGAAUGUUUGUUCAUUAGAUCACGUGUUCAGCAAUGAAAAUGCUGACGUCUCUGUUGACGUAUAUAAUCAUGCCAACGUCUUUGUUGACGCCAGUGGAACUGGAUUUGGUGGCUUUAUAGAGGGCGUUGAACAGAUAAAAAUUUUAGGUUGUUGGAAAGAUAUUGAAGCUAAUCUGAGUUCAACAUGGAGAGAGUAAGAGGCGGCGAAUAGAACUGUUUUAUCGACUGUUAAAAGUCUUGAAGAGCGACGAGUUGUUUUGAACUCGGAUAACAAGAAUGUUUGUCCGAUUUUGAAAACGGGCAGUAAGAAGGUUUAUUUGCAUGAAACUGCUGUAAAAAUAUACAAUAUAUGCAGAAAAAAUGACAUAUGUUUAAUUCCUCGCUGGGUACCAAGGGCAAAUAACUCAGAAGCCAAUUUUCUAAGUAGAUGCUCCGACAGCGAUGAUUGGUCGAUUAUGGACUGGGUUUUUGAAUUACUUGAAGACAAAUGGGGUUUGCAUACCUUCGAUCGUUUUGCAUACGAUUAUAAUACUAAAUGUAAAACGUUUAAUUCAAGAUUCUGGUGCCCGGGUACAUCAGGAGUAGACGCUUUCGCUCAAAAUUGGUCAGGAGAAAAUAACUGGCUGGUUCCUCCACCUAGGCUCGUUAUGCAAUGUUUGAGAAAAAUUCGUAAAGACAAGUGCUUGAAGUUGGGACAGACAAUAGAUGAUGAGGUACUGAGGGCCGGCAUUAACGAUCCAACCUUGAAGACUUUGGCAUCAAAAAUGGCAAAUCAUCUCGUAGAAUCAAAGAGUGACAAUACCAAUCAAAAAUAUUUCUUCUAUUUUAAAAAAUGGGAAUCCUUCAUAUCUUCUAAAAGUAAUUCAGCAAUUCCAGCAUCACCAAUUUGUGUCGCGCUCUACCUCACAGAUUUAUUAGAUAAAAAAUGUUCUUAUCAUGUGAUUUCUACAACUAUUUAUGCAAUACGAUGGGCACAUCUUUUAAAAAACUUGACUGAUCCUACCGAAAAUAUGUUCGUGAAGAACUUGUUAGAUGCUGCUAAACGUCGUUUAUCCAAGCCAGUAACUAAGAAGGAGCCAGUUACUACAGACAUGUUAUUGGAAUUAUGUUCGAAACAUACUAACAGUACAGAUCUUUUAAUUGUCAGAGACCUUUGUAUGAUAUUAUCAGGAUAUUAAGCUUUUUUAAGAUACGAUGAGCUUAGGAAUUUACAUUGUAAUGACAUAGCAUUUAAUGAUGAUCAUUUUUCUUUAAAAGUUCGUAAAAGUAAGACUGACCAGUACAGAUUUGGUAGUGAAAUUGUCGUCGCGAAAGGGAAUACAGUUGCUUGUCCAUUUUUAAUGCUUAAAUGGUAUUUAGAAAUAAGCAUGCAGUCAAUCGAUGAUAAAUUUUUUUUGUUCAGGCCAUGUUUCAAAUCUAAAGGUAUUACCAAAUUAGUAUAUAAAGAUAAGCCAUUAAGCUACACAAGAGCAAGAGAAACAAUAUUGCUUCGUUUAAAAAGCGUAGCCGGUGAUUUGAACUUGGGUCUGCACUCUCUCAGGUCGGGAGGUGUUACCGUCGCGGCAAAUGCAGGUAUAAGCGAUAGAUGCUUAAAGCGCCAUGGUAGAUGGAAAAGCGAUAAAAGCAAAGACGGCUAUGUUGCCGACUCCUUGGAGAGGAGACUUCAAGUUACGAAGCAUUCAAAUUUGUAAAAUUUACAAUAGCUUUUUUCCCCAGCCCGUUCUUUUGUAGUUUAUUCUAUAUUCUCCGUCUGGUCAUGCAAUCAGUUGUUUGUUUUUUAUGGAGUAAAGUUAAGACUAUUAUUUUCACGCGUUUCAUCGAAUAGCGUGAAAUAUUUGUCUUUGCGUGACGUAAUUUUGUAGGCAAUUUUUAUUGGUUGUAGUAGCACGGGUUUUUCGAGAUUUUAAUACUGUACUGGCGUGUAAAAUAUUAAGGUGUAUUGGUCACUCUACCAGACGAUUUCACAGCGUUAACAACUCGUGUUUUAUAAUUUUAUGGAUCUAUAUUUAUAUAUUCAUUCUAUCUCUCAUUUAUAACAUGUCAUAUGUUUAUUCUUUUAAUGAAUUUUGCUCUUUAGCUUAAUUUUCGUUUUCACUGGGCAAGAAUGAGGUCCGACAUUCAGUAAUUCGACAUUGACAAACGGACACAGGUUUCCAGAGCAGUUUCAGAAAAAAUAAUUAUUAUACGAAAUAUCUCUGGUUUUUCCUGGGCGAGUCGAAUUGCGUUUAUAGCCGAUAAAAUAACAACGUAAAUAAAUGUAUUUUGUAUUGCCUGUACUUAAAACAUUUCAUUACGUUAGAUGCUGGCAAUUUUCUAUACUAUACAGCUAUAUUGUAUUUUUGUUAAGUUUAAAAGUAAAUACAUGAACAAUAUAAUACAUAGAACGUUAUAAAUUAGUCAGCAAUGUUAGUUGUUUAAAUGAUUACCAUGUACUUUUAUGGUAAAUUUGUUGUACAUGACGCUUAUGGCGUUUUUGGCUAUGUUUGUUUUUGUUCUCGGCUGCUCAGUAUCUUAUCUGCAAUAAAUAUUCUCCGUCUGGUCAUGCAAUCAGUUGUUUGUUUUUUAUGGAGUAAAGUUAAGACUU